AUGAAUUCAAAAGCAGAAGGACUCAAUACAGCUCCGAUAGAUAGACAGUUAAACAAUUCAAUUGAUGAAGAUUACCCUUCUAAGAUUUUGAAGGCCCGAAUUGCCCUCCUUUCAACUGCCAUCGGUGGUCCUGACCAUAGCUCUGAACUGGAUCCUCCACCUUACAAACUUGGAGACGACUGUCUCGCAUGCCUAAAGGACUUGAAAAGGUGGUUUAAGCUAGUUGAUGAUAAACAAGCACGUUGGGACGUUGCUGCAGCCGCUGCGCAAUUCAACGUAUUGACAGAUGACUUGAUGCCCAUUUUAGUUGAAUGGGAGAACAAAUCAGCACAGGCCACAAAGAAAGCCCGCAAAAGUGGCAAAAAGGUAGAGGAUUUCUUCAGAAAUAAAACUUAUCACGACAAGGUUGCUUUGAAUGCGCUUCAACUCAUGGUCUUGAUGACAUGGCCUUUGAUUUUAACAGACCAAUCGACUUUAAAUCAGGUAAAUCAUUAUUCUGAGCUUAAAAAGCACCAGCUAAUUUAUAAAAAGGCAAUUCUAACUGUUGAGAAUGGAAAGGUAUUCAAGGCAGCCAUCCGAAUUGCUCUGGAAGUCAUCAAACUUGACAAAAUACUGCGAUCACCAAAAGACAACGUCAUUUUAAGAUUAGUACUCAACUUUUUUCGUAACGUUGUGGCAAUAGAACCAAGUGAGAUAACAAUUAGUAGCCGAAAGUCUCUUAGGAAAGGUAUAAACUCCGUUGAUAUGUUACCCCCAAAUGUGUCUGCGGAUGACGUUUCUCUGAACACCGUCGUCGAAUCUUUUGAACGAAACAAAGUCUUCGACUUCCUGCUGACGUUAGCAAGUUCCGUCGGAGGCGAAUUUGAUGCAUCUUUCAUAAAUGUCCCGUUGUUAGAAUUAAUAUUCUACCUCAUUAAAAAUGUUAAUCAUGAUGUUCUGUUCCCAUCUAAAUCAUCCUCUCAUGUUUCUAGCGAUAUUAGAACUUGUGAUAAUAAAGGAUUGAGCAAGGCUGGAUUGGAAUUGUCGCAAUUACUACAGAGGGAAAAAGAACUAAAAAAAUCAGUAGUCAGAAAUACAUCCACAAGGCAUUCUCGGUUCGGGGCCUUGCUUUCUAUUCAAACUUCAAAUCAUCAGAGACUUACAAUUUCAGGCGGACAAGAUCUUCUAAGCGAUGCAUCUGCUCUCAAGAAACUGGACUCCAGAAAAAAAUGGAAUAAAAGGGUAACAACAAAGGAUGAGACUAUCGAAGGCUUACCAAGUAACUUUUUGAAUUUUAAUGAUGAGAUCAAUUAUUGGAAUUAUUCAACUAUUAAAAUUUUUCAAGAAUUUGUCAAGAAUUUCAUUGAAUCUGGUUUUGACACUCUUUUGCAUAGUGUUACUGAUCAUUUUACAACUGAGGAUGAUGAAAUGGCAAUAGUGCACCAAAUUCAAUAUCUUUUAUUUUACGCAUGGUUUGUAAAGUACCAGAUGCUUCAAAAGAAACUCAAUAAUAUGAUGAGCAGUAAUCAUAGUACUUGUUUGAAGGAUACCUGCCUCGUUUUAGUCUUUCAGCUAUUGCGAAAAGCUUACGAAAAAAAAAUCUGGGCUGUUGUUCAUGCAGGUAUGAUAGCAUUUGUAAAUCUUUUGAGUUUUAUAAACUCUCUGGAAGCAGAAUAUGAAGAGACAACCAAUUAUGUCCAAGGUCGACUGUUUACGGAUGAUAAACUUCUUUUACUUUCGAGCUUACCGAAAACUGCGUCAAAUCACUCACCGGCAUACAUCAAAAGCUGUAUCAAUUUAACACAUGUCUUACUGAAGAGUCUGAACAGCUUAAAAACUGAGAUGGAAGGUUUGACGACCAAAAAUGAUCGAGCAACUACACUAAGAAACCACAAUAUAACUGAAGAAGAGGUAGUAAAACUUGCUCAAGAAGAAGGUAUUGAAUUUGAAGAAGCUUUAGAGACGUUAGCGUCUUCCCUGAAACAGGUUCGGUUCAAUUUUAAUCGAGUACAACGUGCAUAUAUGGCCGAGGGUACAAUAAAAACAUAUAUGGUAUUCCUUCAUAGGUUCAAAGAGUUGAGCGACGAAGACAUAAAGAGGGCAAUCCAAUUUUUACACCAUGUAUUCGUCCUAGCCAAAGAAGAGUCGUUAUUAUUUCGAAUAGAUUUCUUGAUUUUACUCAAGGAUCUGCUCUCUCCGGAAGGUUUACCAAAGCAGUCAAGAUCGAGAAAACAUGUUUCCAAAUUUGCUCAUUACUUCAUGCUAAAGCUCAAAGAAAGACUACAAACUUCUCCAUCUUGGUAUGUAAGCAUACUUUUUCCGACUCUGAAUGACAAGGAGGUCACCUAUUAUCAGAAGUAUGGAAAGGUCAAAACAUAUCACGACAAUAUCUCAGAAAAUGGCGCCGUCGAACCAAGUAUUUUCAAAACAAGUCUAUUUGACGGAAUGAAUGAAAACAUCAUAACCGACUUUAAGUUUGGUAUCCUAGUUUCCACCCUUAUUGACGAUGAAAAAAUAGAGUGCAUUGAGGAACUUAUCACUAACCUUAAGCGAAUAUAUGACAUUUUCCAUUCAUGGCUACUGCAGAAUGUUGCCACUGACACCAAUGAAAAUUCGUCUAUAUGCGAGCCCUUCCAAACAGCAAUCAUUGGGGUUCAAAAUGCACUUCUAUCAGAUUCUGAUUUUAGAGCUCUUUUAAAAUUGAUUGGCUUUCAAAUUCCUCUCACCAAAAAAGAUCGUUGUAUUUUACCUAUAUCUAUAGGGAUGCAGAAAAUUGAACUUGCUCUGAGUCUCAUAGUCAAAUAUCAUACUACCACUUUUGACACCCCCAAUAAACUACCGUCUUCCACCUAUCUGGUGCGCCCCGAAAAGGCAACCAAUGCCAAUGCUUCAUUUACUGACAGCGUUGAUUUCAUAGAUAAUUCAGAAAACUUACAAAUUACCAAUAACGAGCAAGAAGAUUUUUAUUUCCAAGAACUUGGGACGUCUUCAAUUGAUGCAAUGAGCAGACAUGCCACCAAAGGCACGGCUGUAAGAACAAAGACAUCUAAAGGAAAAGCUAAAUCCAAAAAGAAAAACUCUCAAAGAAAAAGGUCAUCGGAUGGUGCCGAAAAGGCGCCAGAUAAGGGCGGAGAUCGGCAUGUUAUCAUAAGUAAAGAAUUUGUGAGUGAUUCGGACGACUCUGAUGACGAAGCCAUGAGUCCUAUUUUUUUUGAAAACGAAAUGUAUCUAAGAUGGUUAUUAGACAAGCAUGGCGGUUUGCUACCAGACGCAAAAUAUGAAAUGUUCGCUAGGUUUUGUGCGGAAAGAACAUCGACUGGGGGAAACAUAGGAGAUAAAUAUACGGAUCUCUUCGAUGGACCCACACCUGCUAUUCAGGAGCUGAAAAGAUCUGAAUCCCUAUCUGAUAGGUCUCUGACGCAUAUUUUAUUGAAUCAAGCGACUACCUUAGAGAACCAUUCGUUGGAAAUAUCAGGCCACAGAAAUAAAGCCCGCCAAGUUUCGAGUGACGCCAGCAACGAUUUGCAAUUAUUUGAAAGCAGUGAUGAAAGCGAACACUUGGUAUAUUCUUCUCGAGACAUGAAAAAUGCUGAUGUCAAGACUCUCAAACAACUUGAUGAUGAUGCUGGUAAAAACGAUGAAACUGACGAGGAUGAUGAAAGCAUGUUCGCUCCACUAAGGAAAAAAUCCAGGGUGGUAUUCAUCGAGGAUGAAGAUUAG